AUGACGGUCACCACAGACCAUUCGCCUCCUCCUUCCUCUUCUUUCUCUUCUUCCUCUUCUUUCUCUCCUUCCUCUUCUUUCUCUCCUUCCUCUUCUUUCUCUCCUUCGUCAUCUUUCUCUCCUUCGUCGUCUUCCCCUCCUUCCUCUACCUUCUCUCCUUCCUCUUCCUUCUCUCCUUCCUCGUCCUUCUCUCCUCCCUCUUCCGUCUCUCCUUCCUCUGCUGUCUCCUCUCCUCUCGCUGCCGGCGGCAAAACCGCUGAGCCGGCGGAGACACCUAGCUGGACUCCGCCGGCUCUGAAGAACGGAGACAGGUCGCGAAGCGCUGCGGAGCCGGCGACGUGCGCGCCGUCCCCUGAGGAGACAGCCAGCACAUGCUCGCCCUCACAAGAGAUUUCGCGAGAACACACGCAUGACGGCAGCAGAGACACAGGAGAAGCGGCUCACGGAAGAGGCAGCGAGAGACGAUUUGAGGCGGAAAGGGAGCGCCUUUCUCCUAGCGAUGCACAACACAAAAGAGCAAAUGCAGAUACCAGCGAAGAACGACAAACCCCCGCGCACGGGGGCCAGAAGGAAGACGAGAACGGAGGAGGCAAGAAACAAGAAGGCAUCUCUCGGGGAGAGUCGGAAAAUGAAGAGAAGAUGGAGAACGAAGACGGGAAGACGUUUCCUUCCAAACUCGAUUUUUUCGAUGCCAAUUCAGAUCUCGCACGUUCAGACUUCCGAGGCAUUUCCGUGCUUCUCUUGAUAGCAGCGAUCUUCUAUCUCGUCGCAAAUCCCAUUCUGCGCUGGUAUGACAGCAAAGAGUUCGUCGACCCGUCGCUCGCGAGGGCAAUGUUUGACGAUUUUUUCUUCCUGAUGUUUAUGUGGGCGAAGCUGUUUGCCUGGUCCUUCACGGCGUAUCAUCUCCACGUGCUGUAUCUACGCGGAAGACUCAGCCGCCGCAUGCUUCUUUUCCUCCAACACUUGACCCAGUCAGCAGCGAUUGGAUACGCAGUCUGCAGCUGUCUGUACAACGCCUGGCCGAUCAUCCCUGCAGCCUUUGUCCAGAUGAUCGCGGUCGUGCAGUUCAUGAAGAUGCACUCGUACAGCGAGACAAACAUGAACUUUUGCGACGACAUGCGGAACGGGAAGGCGACGCCGGGGUAUCCCGAGAAUGUGACCCUGAGAAACUUCUGCGACUAUUUGUUUUGCCCCGUUCUCGUCUACGAACCGACGUAUCGAAGGGGGGGAGGCUUCCGUCCCGCCUACUUCGUGUGCAAACUUUUUUCCAUGGUCGGCGCGAUGGUUGUGAUGUACCUCGCAUGCACGUCGUAUUUAAUUCCCACGAUGAUGCGAGCGCCCACCAUGUCGAUCACGGAGGCGAUCUUCAGUCUCGUCUUCCCCUUCCUCUUCCUCGACAUCCUCAUCUUUUACAUUCUCUUUGAGUGCAUCUGCAACUUGGCAGCAGAAAUCACGAAUUUCGCGAAUCGAAACUUCUACGACUGGAGUCACAAAACCGCCGCCUUCGCCACCUUCUUGUUUUCCGCGCUCCUCCACGAGAUGAUUUUGGCAGUCUGUUUCCGUUUUGUUCGGUUGUAUCUUUUCGGUCUGAUGCUCCUCCAAAUUCCCCUGAUUGCCUUGGGUGGAUUCUACCGGCACAAGAAACUGGUUGCCAAUGCGAUCUUCUGGGCAUGCCUGAUGCUUGGUCCGCCUCUCCUCGGCCUCGCCUACGGGCGCGAAUGGGCGCAGAUUCAUUUCUACGCGACGCAUGCAGAUCAUCAGCCCCUGAGGCUCUUCUAG